CCAUCCUUUUAACGGAUAUAACCCCUUCUGGUUUCGUCUUCUUCCUCCUUCGCUACCGAAUCUUAACCCGACCCGAAUUCUGACUGCAAUUUUCCCCCAAAUUUUCACUCCCUUCUCCAAAAUGGCUCCUGCAAAUCCCAAAACCUGGACCCACGAACCCUCUAUCAUUAAGGAGGAUGAACUUCGAGAAAUGGCCGUGCUUCUGGGCAAGGGCUUCCGGGUCCACCAUUCUGAUGCCGUCGGGGGGAUUAGUUUAUCCUGCAAUCCAAACCCCCAGAAGUAUAUGGUCAUGCAAUAUCACUCUGUGGAGAACGGGUUAAGAUUACCCCUCCAUGGUCUGCUCCGCAACCUCUGCCGUCAUUUCGGAUUCGCUCCUGGUCAGUUGACUGCCAAUGCGCACAAGUAUGUCGCCUCCUACAUCUUGCGGUGCUGUGCUCUGGACAGAACCCCAACAUUGGACGAAUUCCUCAUCCUCUUCAGUAUUGGUGGGUCUUUUCCUUUUUACACCCUGUAUCCCCAUUCUCAUGCCCCAACUUUUGAGAGGGUUGAGUUUAAGAAUGACAAAUGGUCCCAGCGAUACUUCGUCAUUGAGUUCCCGGCUCAGAGUCCCUUAGAUCUGCCGGGUGUUGUUCUUCGUAGUUCUAUCUCCCGGACGAAGUUCGCUACGGCACACUCGGCGGAGGAAGUGUACAACGUCUUGAGAGACAAAGGGGGUUUAAUUCCACAUCACUCCCUUCAAGACGCCAGGUCAAAAUCUCCUCCCGCUGUGGAAUCCGGUCCAGCCGGGUGCUCCUCCGGGGUCCAAACCCUAGGUAACUUCACUGCUUUGGCCAUCCGCAAGCCGACUGUUGCCCUGGAGGCUGUCCCCAUUUCUGCUAUCCCUGGGCUUAGGAGGCCCACUCCGUCCCAGAAACGGCCACGAGAAGGGGUCACAGAUGAUGACUUCCUUCCCAAGAAGAAUGAACUUCCAGACCAAGCACCACUCAAAAAACCAGCGGUGCAGCCUCAGCCUGAGGUAAACAAUACCUCCCCACAAAUUGCAACUGCUCCCCAAGAAGUGGAGGAAGAAGUUGAGGGGCAGAAAGAACCAAAGAUUUCUUCUGCGACAGAGGAGGUUGACGUGCAGACAGAAGCGGAAACUCCCCCCUCGAAAGAGAAUGAGGUUGAAGAGCAAAGGGAUACGGGAGCUCCCCCAAAAAGGGAAAGAGAGCCCGAGAAACAAUCAGAGCCUGAGGGACAGUGUUCUACUGCCACACCUCCAGCCCUCAAUGUCCCCAUCCGGCAGAAGAUGAAGGAGUCGUUAAAGGAGCCCACAAUCCCUCAGGCUCGUCCCGACCUGCUUGCUCUCAAUGCUCUUUACUCCAUGGAGCAGGCCCUUCAAGAAGAGAAUGCCCGGCUUAAGAAAAAUGGCUCUAUGGAACUAGCAGCUGAAAGGUCCAAAGUCAAGUCCCUGCAAGAGCAAAUUGCUGCUUACCAAAGGGGGACUCAAGAUCUGGAAAUGCAGUUCGACAGACUCCGGGCACAAAUCUCCACUCUGGAAUCAAAGGCCUCAGCUUCAGAAGACAAGGUGGGAAGUCUGAAAGCUGAGUUGGUUGAAAGGGAAUCUCGGAUCUCUGAGCUGGAGAGUUCCCUCCAGGAGGCCAAGUAUGAGGGUUCCCGUCUUAACGAACUCGCGUUGAAGCACAUGGAGGCGAGAUUGGUUACCCUCGAGAAGCUGGGGAAAGAGAGACAGACUGCUAGCGAGCUCUAGUCAAGGAUGGGUGAACUGGAGAAGGCAAUUGCUGCCCAUCAAGAAGAGGUUGCCACCCUGCUUGCCCGUGCUGAAGCCCUUUAUGAAGAAGGGAAAUUUGACAUGCAACACUGCAUUUAUGAGGCGAUCCGGAGUGGUCUUCCAGCUCACCGAUCCUUGGAUGAUUUCGUCUCAUACUAUGGGUUACCUCUCCCUCUUUCUCCCCGAGAUUUUCGUGUGGACCCGGGGCCUUGACUUUCCUUUUCUUCACUAACUGUUGUAUUU